UCAGUCUGUGUUUCCUGCAUUCUGGAAAUCUCCCUACUAAAGGAAGUGCGCACUCCGUUUGUCACACUAAGAUGCACUGAAGUGUCCUCAGAAGUGAGUUAUGUCUUCUGCUGCCCAGGUAGGGAGUGUUUCUGCACAGUUCUGCUGGUGGUUUGGAUAAUAAUCCGCGGAGCUGACCGUGUUUCAGCAGAGAGGCCCCGCCUGCAGCUCUUCCCUCCCUAAACGGGCCCCUCUGUCUGGAUUUAGGGCCCCCCGUUCCUCUGCGUCUCCCGCCUGCCAGCUACGAGCCUUUUCUUUUCCUAGCCAGCGCUAAAAGCGAGGUCUAAAGUUCAGCGUUCCUGAGGUGCAGCUCUGGGUGGAGCUCCACAUUUGGAAAGCGAUUCUUGUUUUUUUUCCCGGAGCGGAGCUGCAGUUUUUCAGCGCUCGCUGCGAGUCUUCGGUGGCGUGGGAGAGGAUUCUGGACGGAUCUGAUCCGGGAUCAGCGCUGAGGCGUGACGCUGGUGAACGCCGCUGCGUUCGGCUGUUUGCAGCACACAUCUGAGCUUUCCAGAAUGUGAUGGACCCCAUGGCCGUGAGCACGUCUGCGACGGGUCAGGAUGAGUUUGACCGCAACGCGCCGCGGAUCUGUGGAGUGUGUGGAGACAAGGCCACCGGCUUCCACUUCAAUGCCAUGACCUGCGAGGGCUGCAAGGGCUUCUUCAGACGCAGUAUGAAGCGCAAGGCGAGCUUCACCUGCCCGUUUAAUGGGAACUGCACCAUCACCAAAGACAACCGUCGUCACUGCCAGGCCUGCCGUCUGAAGCGCUGCGUCGACAUCGGCAUGAUGAAGGAAUUCAUUCUGACAGACGAGGAGGUGCAGAGGAAGAAGGAUCUGAUCCUGAAGAGGAAGGAGGAGGAGGCGGCGCGGGAGGCGCGGAAACCUCGUCUGAGUGAGGAGCAGAUGCAGAUCAUCAACACGCUGGUGGAGGCGCAUCACAAGACCUACGACGACUCCUACUCCGACUUCGUCCGGUUCAGGCCUCCGGUCCGUGAGGGUCCAGUCACCCGCAGCGCAAGCCGAGCCGCGUCUCUUCACUCGCUGUCCGACGCCUCGUCAGAUUCAUUCAACCAUUCACCAGAGUCUGUGGACACUAAGCUGAACUUCAGUAAUCUGCUGAUGAUGUAUCAGGACAGCGGCGGCAGUCCAGACUCCAGUGAGGAGGACAACUCACGCCUGUCCAUGUUACCGCACCUCGCCGACCUCGUCAGCUACAGCAUCCAGAAAGUCAUCGGAUUCGCCAAGAUGAUCCCUGGAUUCAGGGACCUGACGGCUGAAGAUCAGAUCGCUCUGCUCAAGUCCAGCGCUAUCGAGAUUAUCAUGCUGCGCUCCAAUCAGUCGUUCAGUCUGGAGGAUAUGAGCUGGAGCUGCGGAGGACCAGACUUCAAAUACUGCGUCAAUGACGUCACCAAGGCGGGUCACACUCUGGAGCUGCUGGAGCCACUGGUGAAGUUUCAAGUGGGUCUGAAGAAGCUGAACAUGACUGAAGAGGAACACGUGCUGCUGAUGGCCAUCUGUCUGCUGUCUCCAGAUCGGCCCGGCGUUCAGGACCACGCUCGGAUCGAGGCGCUGCAGGAUCGUCUGUGUGACGUCCUGCAGGCGUACAUCCGGAUCCAUCACCCCGGCGGCCGUCUGCUGUACGCCAAGAUGAUCCAGAAGCUGGCGGACCUGCGCAGCCUGAACGAGGAGCACUCCAAGCAGUACCGCUCGCUGUCCUUCCAGCCCGAGCACAGCAUGCAGCUCACGCCGCUGGUGCUGGAGGUGUUCGGCAGCGAGGUGUCCUAGCGUCCCAGAGCCCCCCCGCAGCUCACGGGGGGCUGCAAGGUCCGGAUAACGUCUCGGGAUUCCCGCUUUUAAGCUACGGGGAAUUCCCGAAAGGAAUGUAUUAAUAAUGUAUGGAUAGAUCGAUGCAUAUAAACUAAUAUUUAUAUUUAAGAGAGAGAGAGAGAGAGAGAGAGAGAUGGUUUGUAUUAAAUGAAAACGUAUGGCCAGGUGAUCCUCUGUUGUAAUAGGAUUAGCAGGCUCUUCUAGUUCAUGUGCAUAGAUGAGUGUGUGUGUGUGUGUGCGUAUGUGUGAGACUUACACAAGUUAAAAAAAUUAAAUGCUAUUCAAA